AUGGCGUUGCAUAAAUUAUCGAAAACUUAUCAAAAAUCAUUACGUUGUGAUUAUUUGGGAUGCACAGCAGCUGUUGCUUUGAUCAAUGAACAAUUUAUACGUGAAGCCAUUGAAUUUGUUCGCCAAGCAAAAUCGACACAUGGUACUGUUAAAACAGUUAUUUAUACGUCGAAUGAAGGUGUAAGAAUUCUUUAUGAAAAUGAGCAAAAGUAUACGACACUUGUACCGAACACAAUGGUGGCCGGUUGUGCUAUUGGAAAACAUCCUUUCAAUGAUACAGUGGGGUGUGUCUAUAUUAGUCCAUUAUCCGGUUAUCAUUAUCCUGCAUUCGUUCAUGUUUAUCGUUGUGAAUCAAAUAGAAUUGCUCAAAAACUUUUAUUACGAUUAAAGCAAUAUAUAUCUAAUAGUGUUCAUCGUAAUCGUGUUUUAACGCUAGAAAAACGUUUACUAAAAUUAAAUUUAUUGAAUACCGAUCGGCUUAUCACAGCAUCAUCAAAUGAUACAACAAUACUAUCGCAAGACUUAUUUAAUAAUCAAACAGAAACAAGCAAUACCACUUCUAAUCAUUAUAAUAGAAGUAAUAAUAGUGGUAGUAACAGUUAUCGUGUGGAAACAGAGAAUAAUAAUAAUGAAAAUAAUCCAAUUAAAUCCAUAACUGAAGAAUUCCAAAAGAAAAUUGAUAAAAACCAACCAAUUCUAUUUCCACCAAAAGAUUAUGAUACAAUGAGACGUGUGCAUGGACAUAUUGAAAGAGCCGAUGAAUGGAGAAGUAGAGAACCUACAAUCGUUGGUUUUUCUUCAAUAAAUAGCGACGAAAAUCGUGUUCAACGACAAAUUGAGCCUCUGAAUAGUAACAAAAUGAUGGUUAAUGAUAAUAAUAAUCAAAAACAAUCAUUUCAAAAUGAACCAAGAACUAAUGGACGUUCAUUAUCAAGUAUUAGUAGUACAAAUUCAACUGGUGAUCGACAACGAUCAUUAACUCAAAGAAGUGAUUUAACGGCAGAUCCGGUUGAAACAGUUAGUUUAGCAUUCGAUUUUUUAAAAGAUGAAACAGGUUCAAUUUUUUCAGAUGGUGAUUUAGAAAACGAACCUAUCACCAACAAUAUUAACAAUCGACCAGUGUUUCGCUUUCGACCACCGGAUAUCACUUCUACGAACAAGAAAUUAUCUAUUGGUCGUGGUCAAGCAAGUUUCAAUGUGGUUCCAGAACAUGAAAAUAAUGUCGGUAGUACGGAUGAUUUAAAAGCGUCAGCAACUGAAUUUUCAGCUUAUCAUCGUGAUAGUAAUAACGGUAGAAAUGCUCAUGCUCAGGUCGAUGAACAAUAUCGACGACAACCACCACCAAAUGUAUCAAAGUCUACCACUGCACAAAGUAAUUCACCUGCUCGUGCCAAAUCGGAGACACGUUUGCAUCAACAGCAAAUAAAUGGACAGCAGCAACAACGUUCAAAUGGUCUGAUAGGUCCACGAUAUGAGAAUCGUGUAGUGCAUACUGGUCAACCAUCUAGUAUGAAUCCAGUGUGGACGGGACCAACACCACAAUCAAACAUUGCGUUGUUGUCCACAUCAUCGUCGAAUAUGAUUCAACAAAAUACAAAUAAUAUCCAUGAAUUAAGUUCAUCAUCGGAGAGACGAAACCCGGAUAUGCCUGUGCAUCCACUUUAUUCGAGUUAUCCACAAAGCGGGUAUAAAGCAUCUGUUAUAGACGAUUAUUCCAGCGGACGAUUAUCAAAAGGAAACGUUGUUGAUAACAACAACAAUAACCACUUAAACAGACACGUAACAAACGGAAACGGCAUUAAUAGUAAAAAACAAGCAACAUCAUCACAAUUACGUACAGCCGCCCAAUUUCCUACGAAUGAAUUUAUAUUAAAAUCUUCAAAUGGAAAUCUAUUAAGAAAUCAUGUAACACCAAUAACAAGAGAAUAUCGACCACAUUCACUAGUGGUAGAUCCAACGAUUUAUAAUUUAUCACCACAAAAUCCACUUGAUGUUUAUUAUUAA